GACAAGGCCCGGGUUGGGAGCAGCUAGGGGCAGGGUUUAUGGGGUGGGCGUGACCAUGAGGUCGGGCUUGGGGCGGGGCCUAAAGGGACCCCGGGCAGAGCUGGAGAAGGGAAGGGUUUGGGGGGCUUGGGCCUGGUCUGGGGGAGCCUCAUCUAGCGGGGUUCCGACGCGGCGGCGGCAGCAUCAGACCAGGCCCUGCCCCCCGAUCUCAUUCCGAUCCCUUUCUCCCCUGUCGUCCCCCAGCUCUAGACUCCAGGCCCUGUCCCCUGAGCUCUGCCCUCGUAUGUCCACCGUCCACAGCCUGCAUGCGCCGUGGGGCGCCCCAGGACCAGGAGCUGGUGGGCCCGGGGGCUCCUGGGCGGGGGUCCCGGGGCGCCCCUCCUCCCUCGGGACUUGUCCCGGUCCUCGUCUUUCCCCCGGACCUAGUAUUCAGGGCGGACCAGCGGAGCGGACCCCGGCAGCUGCUGACCCUCUAUAACCCCACGGGAGCUGCGCUUCGCUUCCGAGUCCUGUGCACAGCACCUGCGAAAUACACGGUGUUUGACGCAGAAGGAUAUGUGAAACCUCAAUCCUGCAUUGACAUCCACUAUGACGUCCAGGACCGCUUCCGCAUUGAGCUGUCUGAGGAGGGAGCUGAGGGUCGAGUGGUGGGGCGCAAGGACAUCACCUCGGUUCUGAGGGCCCCAGCCUACCCCCUUGAGCUUCAGGGACAGCCUGACCCAACACCCCACCCAGGGCCUCCUUCCUGGACAGCACCACCCACGGCCAGACACUUCCCAGAGAACCACCCCCCACAACUGGCCACCAGCUCCUUCCUCCUCUUCUUGCUGACGGGCAUAGUCUCUGUGGCCUUCCUGCUGCUCCCACUCCAGGACGAGCUUGGCAGCCAGCUGCCCCAAAUCCUGCACGUCUCCCUGGGACAGAAGUUGGUGGCAGCGUACAUCUUGGGACUCCUCACCAUGGUGUUCCUUCGGACCUGAGCUCCCUGCUCAACCUCCCCCCACCUCCUGGGGCAGGGACUUGGAUGUGCACAUGAGACAGCCACUCUGAUGCUCAUGCCUCACCUCAGUUCCUCCUCCUCUUCCUCCUGCCCAGCCGCCCUCCCCCAAGCACCCAGGGAUUUGUAUUCAUUUUCCAAAUUGAAUAAAAUAAAUUUUUAAAAU